AUGCCUUUCUCGAGACUUGAUAGUAUCGCUUUAGACGGCAUUAUAACCAUGGACUCAACACAGGUAAUAUAUGUGUUCUAUUUUACAUCUUCUAUUCCAGGGUAUUUAACCGAUGGUAACCUCAUGUCUAUGAUAGAUUUCCGAUACUGGAGAUGUGUUAUGAAAAGGGAAUGGAAGUGUCCAGAUAGUGAAAUAAACUUUUAUUUAUACACUCCGGAACGGCCGUACAAGCAAUGGGUGGAUGUACGGCGUGCGAACAAACUACCUCACUAUGGUUGGAAGCUGUCCAGGAAAAACGUCCUCAUUAUACACGGCUUUAAUGGGACACAUAGUAAAACGCCCAUGACGUUCCUAAGGGAUGGUAAGUUGAAUAAUUUACCGGCCUCAAAACAUAUCACCAAUAUUAUAGUAAAAAAUGGCUUUAAUAACAUAGCAUAUUUAUCUCGCAAAGACUAUAACGUCUUUAUGGUCGAUUGGUCCCCACUCACAAGAUUCCCUUGUUACCUCUCCGCGUUAUCAAAUACGAAAUUGGCAGCACAAUGCACGGCACAGUUGUAUUCUCAUUUAACACAAGCCGGUGCUCUAGCAAGGAAGAUCACGUGUGUAGGACACUCUCUAGGGGCACACGUCUGCGGCAUGAUGUCAAAUCAUCUCACAGAGAAGCAAUAUAAGAUUGUUGGUGAGUACCCAUAA